AUGAAAAACGAAGUCGACCGUAUCGAAGAUUUAUUUGUUCAUUUAGAACGGAUCUUUUCCAUCGGAGGAAUAUGGCCGUUCAAACAAACAUACAUCCGUUUCGCGAUUUAUAUCUCGCAUUUCACUCUUUAUCUCAUUAUGGCGUAUGUCGAUUUUUACGAUGCUUUUGGUAAUUUGGAGCUGAUGGUGAUGAAUCUCGUGGAAACGAUAGCUUAUUCCAUGACGUUCUCAUUCUUGUGGCUGAUACGCUGCAGUAAUUUGCUAAAACUCGUAAUUCAUGUAAUAAAAAAGGAUAUGGUUGAACGCAAAUUCGAGAAUUUGGAAGAGGAAAGGAUUUACUAUAAUUACAAUUUUAUAUCCAAGAUAUUCUCCUAUGGCUCAAUUGUUGGCAUGUUCAUCACGGUCGUACUGUUGUAUCUUAGACCGCUUGUGUAUCUCUUGACUUUUAAUCAAGCGAUUUGCCUGAUGGUUAUCUUAGUAUUUCACAUUUGCGGCGAGUUGUCCAUUUUGGCAUAUCGCAUUAGACAUAUUAAAGAAUACUCGCAAACCAUGAUAGUAGACAGAAUUCGUAGCUUCGUUCGAAUGCAUCUCAAAAUAAUAUGGAUGGCGAAGUCCGUGGACAAUACUUUCAAUUUGAUUCUUUUGGAUGAACUCGUUGGCAACAGUGUUGUACUGGCUAUCUCAUUGUAUUAUGUCAUAAUGAACUUGGAUGUGUCAGAAAUAGCCACCUGCUGCACUUUUAUUUUUUUUGCUAUUAUUGCGCUUGUCAUGCUCUUCGGAUAUUGUUUGAUUGGUGACCAACUAACUCAACAGUGUAUAAGUGUGCAAGAUGCAUACUAUGAAUGCAAUUGGUACGAAAUGUCACUCAGUUGUAAGAAAUGUCUGCUAAUUUGCAUGAUUCGGGGCCAAGUUAUGCUGUAUUUA